AUGGACGAGUUAUCAAAAGAAAAAAAGAUGGAUGAACACGAGUCUUCAGAAAGAAUAGCAGACGUUUUUGCGGAUUUCCAUUGUUAUUUCAACAAAGAACAGGAUUUAAAGGAGGAGAUCAGAUCAACUGUUCGUGAUUUAGAACAAACAGCGAGAGAGAUCCAUGCUGUUCUGCAACAAGUACAUCAGAGAGAUGGAAGUAAAAAUGUUGCUGACAUAUGCAAGUGCACUGAGCCAUAUUUUGAAACAGCAAGGAAGCAGUUCCAGGAAUUAAGUUCAAAAGUACCAGAAAAUCAGUAUUAUAGGUUUCAUGACCAUUGGAAAUAUGCUCUCCAAAAACUCUCAUUUCUGUCAGCUCUGAUUACCUACCUCAAAACAGAGAAGCUUGUUUCAAGGGAGGAAACUGCGACAAUGCUUGGAGUGAAACUAAAACAAGGAGAAGGCUUUCACAUGGAUCUCGAUGACUAUCUGAUUGGUUUGUUACAGAUGGCAAGUGAACUGUCAAGGUUGGCAGUGAACUCGGUAACAGCUGGAGACUUCAACAGACCAAUGAAAAUUGCUAAAUUUGUGGCAGAGCUAGAUACUGGAUUCCGACUUCUAAACCUUAAGAAUGAUGCACUCCGUAAGAGAUUCGAUGGACUGAAAUACGACCUGAAAAAGGUGGAAGAAGUGGUGUAUGACUUGUCUAUCCGAGGUCUAAAACCCAAGGAAGGAAUAUGAAAAAAGCCUAAACAGUAUGUGUUGGUGUAAACCUCAGCAAUGAUUCAAUGUCCGACAGAAAGACAUCUGUAUGUUACGAACUUAUACUGAAUCAGUUUCAAUUCAUUCUGAGUGUAGAAUGAUACCAAUGGCAAUGGUCAACAUUUAGCAUGUUACAAGGUUUCAAAAUGAAAACAAUAUUCACUGAAAUUCAGACAGUACUUCCCUAGGCUGUAGUGGAGGGUCAGAUUAAUGUUUUAUAGAGUAUGUGUGUUGAUAUACCUACAUUAAGGUACCUCAGUGUUAAGAAUUUAGCAAACAUUUUAGGAAAGAUGUGCACUUAAGACUUGAUUGUGUGCGAAAUAUGUGCAUUCAAUCUCUGUAUUAUUGAACGUAAUCAUGUACAUGUAUUAGGUCAAUUUCUUUUAUGAUAUUUGUAUUAAGUCUUUGAAGAUCACAUGUUUAUGUGCUUCAGGCAUCUUCUCAAUGUUUUAUUGUUAUAACAUUUUUACUGCCUUUUACCCAUGAUAAGUUUCUUACUACAUUAAGAUGAUUAUGUGAAAGUUGUGAAUGUUGCACUGGUACAUGGACCAAGUAAACUGUUGAAAAUUG